UUAUGUGAAGGGCGGGGAAAACUACAAUACCCAUAAUUCCAUCGGCUUAACCUGACAUUUGUGUCUUCUUAGGCAAAAUAAAAGCACACUGUGCAGUAGUAGUAAUGGUCUUAGCCCUGUCAUUGGAUUAGAGGAGGACAGCAGAGAAAAUGGGAGACCCCAAUGGCGUCCAGUUAUCUGACUCAAAGCUUUUCGACAGGCAGUUUGAGAAGCUGGUGUGUGAGCUGACGGAGCAGGAUAUGACUGAUCCAGUCCUCACUGACGCUCUGAACAGACUCCGCGAGAUUUUACAUUAUAACGCUCCAGGAGGUAAGAGGAACCGGGGCUUAUCUGUGAUUGGCUCACUACGGGAAUUUGUCCCUCCCUCUAAGCUGACACCUGAAGAAGUAGAGCGCGCCCUGCUGGUCGGAUGGUGCAUCGAGCUGCUCCAGGCGUUCUUCUUGGUUGCUGAUGAUAUAAUGGACGCAUCUGUAACCCGGAGAGGUCAGCCAUGCUGGUACAAGAAGGAAGGCAUUGGGCUGGACGCCAUUAAUGACGCUUUUCUUUUGGAGGGGUCCAUCUACCGCCUUCUGCGCAGGCACUGCAGAGGACAGCCCUACUAUCUCCAUCUACUGGAGCUUUUUACUGAGACGUCGUUCCAGACAGAACUGGGUCAGGCGCUGGAUCUGAUGACCGCUCCUCCUCACAAGGUGGACUUGGACCGUUUUACAGUAGAGAGAUAUAAAGCCAUAGUGAAAUAUAAGACUGCUUUCUACUCAUUUUACCUGCCAGUGGCUGCAGCCAUGUACAUGGCAGGAAUUGACAGUGAGGUGGAACACAGCAAUGCUAAACACAUCUUACUGGAAAUGGGCGAGUUCUUUCAGAUCCAGGAUGACUAUUUGGACUGCUAUGGUGACCCUGCAGUGACGGGGAAGAUCGGCACUGAUAUCCAAGAUAACAAGUGCAGCUGGCUGGUGGUAACGGCUCUGGGCAUUAUGACUCCAGAGCAGAGGGCGGAGCUAGAGGUGUGUUAUGGAAAGACCGAUGCUGAAAGUGUGGAGCGAGUGAAGGCUCUGUAUGACACUCUGGAAAUGCCAGUUAGAUAUCACCAGUACGAGGAGGAGAGCUACCGGCGCCUCCAGAACCUCAUCCAGCAGCACGCGCAGAACCUCCCUCAUGCCGUCUUCCUCAACUUCGCCAAAAAGAUCUACAAGAGGAACAAGUGAGGCCGGGUUCUGUGGAUUGAGGCGAAUAUUCUGGACUUUUUUCUGCUGCUGUGGAGGCGGGUCAAGCGUGCUAAGGACGGGCUGGAGUGUGGUUCAACACUGCGUAGUAAUUGUACAAAAUAUUGGGUCUGUGUGUUUUUAUCAGUGUAUAGUAUAAAUGAUGGCCAGAGUGUGGAUUUUUCUGCCUGGAAUGUUUAAAAAACAGUAUAUAAAGUACUAUAUAUGUCACUAAAACUGUAUUGAUAUGGUUGUAUGGAUACAUAGAAAUGAUCGUAGAAAUUAUUUGCAUUUAACUGGAUUGAAAUUAAAGGUUUUCCAGUAACACAAUGGUAAUAACAUUACCACACUAACAGUUUUAUCAUAUACACAUAUCAGUUAAGGUAAGAUGUACGUUUGUAUACAGUAAGUAAUCAGGAGAAUAAGAUACAACCUAAAAAGCAUGCAUGUGGGAUGUGGCAUAGGAAUUACACUGCCUCGCCAAAAAAAAUAAGUCGCCACCUGGAUUUAAGUAAGUAAAUAAUGUGGGGGUUGAUGCUGCAGUUGGUCUGCAGGUUUAGGUUCAGCAACAGUAUGUGCUGAAAGAAUGAGGUCAGCUGACUACCUGAAUAUACUGAAUAAAGACCAGGUUAUUCCAUCAAUUGAUUUUUUUUUCUCUGAUGAACACGAACAUAUUCCAAGAUGACAAUGUCAGGAUUCAUGGGGCUGGAACUGUAAAAGAGUGAUUCAGGGAGCAUGAGAUCAUCAUUUUCACACAUGGAUUGUUCACCACAGAGUCCAGAUCUUAUUGUGUUAUGGUAUGUUAUGGUAUUCCAGCUAAAUGAGUCUCAAUUCACAAUAGAAGAUGAAGCUCCAAAACUGCAAACAGUCAAGUGAUGUCCGGAGAGUUCAGACUCCUUUAUCCUUAUAAAGAAGGUGAACAGUAGUCUUAAGCUUGUGCUGGUGGGUUUGGCUAAAUAAAGCCUUAUUUUUCAUGCUGUAAUUAAUUACGAUUCAUUUAAUAUUAGUCACUGUUUGGAAGCGGCUGUGUUUUAAAGCCAUUAUUUGAAGCCAUUUGAUUCAGCUGGACACCAAACACACACAGCCCAGCACUGCUCACCAGCGAAACGCCUCAUCUCCACAGCAUGUGCUCAGCUUUAUGAAUAGCGUUCUGGAUGCUGCUACAGGUCACAGGGUCAUUCGUUCAGUUUUUUACGUUUAUUACAGUUGUUUAAGUGUAUGACUCACUGCAAGUUUGAGAAAGUUUAUUGCUGGAUAAAAACUGAUGUAAUAAAAUAAAAAAAAUGGCAUUAAAGUUUGAGCUCAUUUCCUUACAACUACAA